CCUGCCUAUCCCGCCCAACGCAAUUUCACCGGCAUGUGCAGUGACAAUGAUGGAGGAAGUGGUAGAUGGCGAUGGAUGGAUAUCAGAUGAUUCGAGCUUUUACGGUGAGUCCUCCAACCUUGCUUCACCGACAUGGCCGCUGAGAUGCCUGCAGGAGACGAGACCACACAAGCUCAAUGGGAGCAGGAAGCUGCACGAACCUUGAAGCUACCACACGACCCUUUUGCACACGUAGCAAAACGACGGAAACUUGAUCCCGCAGUCAAGGGAAAGGAUGAUAACGUCCUCACUUUCCUCAGAUCAAGGCCGCAGAUAGCCUCCAUGAGAGAAGUAGCCGCAACUACACCCGCCGCCAAAAGGACAUCUAAGAGGAACCUCAACGGCGAUGAAGCAGCGGACCUCCUCUACAGUGAUCGAUUCAAGGGCCACGCAGCCGCUCGACAGCAAGACGAAACCGUCAAUGCCUUUCUCAAACGACUCCCGGUCGCUGAUCCCGCGACUGCAAACGCCGGGCCGUGGCUGUGGGUUAGCAGCUCACAGAUCCCUCGGGCCCAGAAGCAACACGCGAAACGCGAGGAUGUCGACGCUUUCAUCGAGCAGGGUGAGAGCCUACUAGAAGCCUUCAUCAAACGGAGAAGCACUGUGGAAGCGGAGAACCACGGCAAAGCGCCCGCGACAAUCACUCGCUAUAUGCGUCCGCACCGUGACAAGCUGGAGAACGACUUGCUUUCUGCGGCAGUAUCAACAGGCACGACUUGCGGCAAAUGGAUGCUGUUCCCCAGUUCCGAAGACUUGCCUCGUUUCUGGCGAGUGGUUGCGGAGGCCACGGCGGAAGGGAAGCUCGGCCCGGUCUCGAAAGUCGGCACAUACGAUCCUUUGGACAAAAAGGAUGCGACGCUCAUCUGUGUGUACACCUACGACUUCACGGACAACGACGACGUUCGACGGGUCCUGGAUCAACUGGUUGAGCUCGGACUGUGCAGAAGGGACGGAAAGCCGAUCUACUACAAAUGCGACGCUUACACGUAUCUCGGCAUUGCGUCGGAGAACACGUACAAGUUGCGAGCGAGUUUGUUCUCGAGUGGAGAGGUGCUGAAGAAUGAGGCGAAGGUGUUGGAAGAUGGGCAGAUUUUGCGGGGACAGAGGAAGAGUACGGCUACUGACAGUUUCUUUGCGUUGUGACAUGGUUGCCGUCGAUAAUGACUGCUGAGGAGGGAAUGCGAUGGUCUCUUAUGGCCUUGUCUGAACGAGGGGAAUCAGCUUUCAUUGAUGAACGACCUUUCAAUGGCAUCCAUAAUUUCUUGUGCGCAGCAGUGAGAUAUAUCUCGGCGAGCUCCGACUGCCAGAGCCUUCCCGAUCAGGCCAGGCGUCAGCGCAAGCCUGACCGUUUAC